AUGCAGAAGUCUCGCACCAUCAACACUGCCCUGGGGGCCCGGCCUUUUGUGCCAGUUCCGCGAGUGCAGCUUCAGUUCCAGCGCAACAUUCAGGAUGUCCGCAUCACCCGGACUGGCAAGCCCCUCUUGAAGGUCCAAGGUGGUCGUUCUUCCAUUGGAGGCCACACCGCGACCGUCUUUGGUGCUACUGGUUUCCUCGGUCGCUACAUUGUCAACAAGCUUGCUCGCCAGGGUUGCACCGUUGUCAUUCCCUACCGCGAGGAGAUGGCAAAGAGACACCUGAAGGUCACUGGUGAUCUUGGACGAGUCGUAUUCAUGGAAUACGACCUGCGCAACACCCAGUCCAUUGAGGAGAGCGUUCGUCACUCCGAUGUUGUCUACAACCUUGUCGGUCGCCAAUAUCCCACCAAGAACUUCUCCUACGAGGACGUUCACGUCGAUGGUAUCGAACGUAUUGCCGAUGCUGUUGCCAAGUACGAUGUCGACCGCUUCAUCCACGUUUCUUCCUACAACGCUCGCCGUGACUCGCCUUCCGAGUACUUUGCCACCAAGGCAUGGGGUGAGGAGAUCGUCCGCAAGAUCUACCCCGAGACCACAAUCGUGCGACCUGCACCAAUGUUCGGUUUCGAGGACAACCUGCUCCACAAGCUGGCCAAGAUGGGCAACGUUUUCACUGCCAACCACAUGCAGGAGCGCUACUGGCCCGUUCACGCCAUUGAUGUCGGUACCGCUCUGGAGCGUAUGCUGCACGAUGACACCACCGCCGGUCAGACCUUCGAGUUGUACGGUCCCAAGAACUACUCCACCGCCGAGAUCGCCGAGUUGGUCGACCGUGAAAUCAUCAAGAAGCGCCGUCACAUCAACGUCCCCAAGGCCGUUCUCAAGCCCUUCGCCCACUACAUGAACAAGCUCCUGUGGUGGCACACCCUCUCCGCCGACGAGGUGGAGCGCGAGUUCCUCGACCAGGUGAUCGACCCGACAGCCAAGACCUUCAAGGACUUGGGCAUGGACGAGACCGCCGAUCUUGCCAACUUGACCUUCCACUACCUGCAGGGCUACCGUAGUGCCUCUUACUACGAUCUGCCUCCCUCCACGGAGCGCGAGCGCCAGGAGGACAAGCGAUACCUGCACGUGCUGGACGAUCAGUAUCCUCGCAUUCCUAGAAAGCCCCAAUAUCAAAAACCCAAUUCCCCAGAACUCCCCGCACUCGAUAACAUCAUAUCAAAUCCCUCCAAUCUUUUACUUACCCUCACCCUCACAUUCAUCUUCACACCCCCAAACCCAACCCAGAAUGUCGCCAACACCAAUUCUCCUCCUCAAAACAAAGUCCUCCCCCACGAUGGCUACGAAGACUUCUUCUCCGCACAAAACUACACCCCAACCUUCGUCCCCGUCCUCGAACACCGCUUCCUCAAAAACAACCUCACCCAAGUCCGCGACCUAUUCACAACCGGCGCCUUCAAAAACAAUGCCUCAACCCCCAGAAAAUACGGCGGCCUAAUCUUCACCAGCCAACGCGCAGUAGAAGGUUUCGCGCAGAUGAUCGAAGACGAAAAACAUGUAACCUUCAACACCCCAAAUCUAAUCCUCUACACCGUCGGCCCAGCCACAGCCCGCACCCUCACAACCCUCCAUAAAAAACACCUCCCAGACGCAACGAUCCACGGCGCAGACACCGGAACCGGGGAAAACCUCGCUCAUCUCAUACUCGAGCAUUAUGAUAGUCUCUACCCGACGCAUAAACCAUCGCUUCUUUUCCUUGUCGGGGAGGUGAGGAGGGAUAUCAUUCCGAAAACGCUCAUGGAUGACGCAUUACCGGUUGGGAAGAGGGUUGGUGUUGAGGAGCUGGUUGUGUAUGAGACUGGGGUUAUGGGGUCUUUUGAGGGGGAUUUUGCAGAUGUGGUAGGGAGGGAAGAGGGAGAUGUUUGGGUUGUUGUUUUCUCGCCGACGGGGUGUGAGGCUAUGUUGCGGGUUCUUGGGUUGGGGCCUUUUGCUGGGACUGGGACUGGGAAGGGACGGGUCUUUGUUGCUACUAUUGGGCCUACGACGCGGGAUCAUCUGCGUGAAAAGUUCGGGUUUGAGGCACAUGUUUGUGCGCCGAAGCCUAGUCCCGAGGGUGUGCUGGAGGGUAUUGAGGCGUUUAUGCGUUCGACUUAG